AUGGCGGCCGGGUUCCGGCGCCUAGGCAUCGACCCGGACGAGGCAAACGGACUCUUCCGGCGUGCGACGGCGGCGGCCAUUGGCACCCUAUGGCCGCUUGCGCCAAUGUUCGCGGUGGCGAGCCACUUCCUGAACGGCUGCGAAAAGUUCUUCACCCGCUUCUUCUUCCCCGCCCCGCGCGUCGACCACGCCAGCCGCCUCCCCGACGCGCUCCUCGGCAACAUCGUCUCCCGCCUCCCCGUCAAGGACGCCGCGCGCACGGCCGCGCUCUCCCGCCGCUGGCGCGGGGUCUGGCGCUCCACCCCGCUCGUCCUCGCCGACGCCGACCUCCUCCCGGCCACCUCCGCCGUGUCCAGCGUCCUCGCCGCGCACCCGGGGCCCUUCCGCUGCGUCCACCUCACCAGCGCCCGCGUGCCGGAGUUCCACGGCCUGCUCACGGGCUGGCUCCAGAUCCUCGCCGCCAAGGGCGUCCAGGAGCUCCUGCUCGUCAACGGCCGGUGGCCGCACGUCCUCGUCCUGCCCUCCACCUUCCUACGCAUGGCCAACCUCACCCGGCUCUACCUCGGCCUCUGGAAGUUCCCCGACACGGCCGCCGUCCCGCGCGCCUCCUUCUUCCCCAACCUCCUCGAGCUCGGCCUCUGCAGCGUCGCCAUGGAGAACAGGGAUUUGGACUUCAUCCUCGACAGGAGCCCCGUGCUGGAGACGCUCUGUGUCGAAGGGGACAUGUUCCUGCUCCGUCUCUCCCUUGUCAGCCAGAGCCUCCGGUGCGUGCAGAUCAUCGGGCCAUUUGAAGAAAUCUUCGUGGUGUACGCCCCGCACCUUGAGCGACUCAUCCAUGCCCAAGGUAACAAAGGUUCAUAUCAAAAGAAAGGUGCUACCACUGAUGUGAGCUGCACCAAGGUCAGGAUUGGCCAUUCCCCCAAGCUGCACUUGUUGGGAUACUUGGAGUUGGCCGCAGGAAAGCACAUGAUAGAGGUCGGCAACACCGUCAUCAAGGCUGGGACAAGGGUGAGCCCGAGGACCAUGGUACCAAGUCUGAGAAUCCUGGCUAUGGAGGUGCGAUUUGAUAUCCGCAAUGAUGCCAAGAUGAUUCCCAGCGUCCUCAGAUGCUUCCCCAAUGUUGAGACACUCCACAUCAAGUCUGGAAAAACGCAUCAAUCCACUGGCAAGCUCAAUCUGAAAUUCUGGCACGAGUCUGGUGGUACCAUAGAAUGCAUCCAUUCGCGCAUCAAGCGUCUCGUUUUCCGUGAUUUCCGAGGGGGCCGGAGCGAGCUUGCCUUCCUCAAAUAUUUCUUCGAGAGCGCGUUGGUGCUGGAGGAGGUGGUGAUUCUGUUGGCCGAUGGUUUGGCUUCGAUGGAAGAGAUUACAUUCAGAGCUUCAAAAGAGGAUCUGAUUUUUCUCUUCGCGACCCUUUUGCCAACUACUGAAGUCACACCAGAAUCAUUCCCCUUCUCUUCCGCCGUUCUUGUUCCACUCCACGGAAAGGACGCGCCGGCGCCGCUCAAAACUCGUCGCCACCGCACCGCAGCGCUCCCGGCGGCGGCCAUGGACACCCGGAUGUCUAACUUCGCGCUCCAGAUGGCGCUCAACUUGGUCCGCAGCGACGACGAGUUGGGACCUCUCUUCGCCAGCGGGAUCGACGGCGUCUUGGCCCGCUUCGUCUUCCCCGCCCACUACACCAUCCCCGACCCGCCCGUCUCCGCCGACGCUCGCCUCUGCGCCCUCCUCCCCCACCCCCAGGACGCCGUCGACUACCUCAGCCGCCUCCCGGAUGCACUCCUCGGCAACAUCGUCUCCCGCCUCCCCGUCAAGGACGCCGCGCGCACCGCCGCGCUCUCCCGCCGCUGGCGCCCAGUCUGGCGCUCCACCCCGCUCGUCCUCCUCGACGCCGACCUCUACCCCGCCACCUCCGCCGUGUCCCGCGUCCUCGCGGAGCAUCCGGGGCCCUUCCGCUGCGUCCACAUCAGGAGCUUCUACACGGAGGAGUUCACUGGCCUGCUCACCAGCUGGCUCCGUAUCCUCGCCGCCAAGGGCAUCCAGGAACUCGUGCUCGUCAACUCCCGGUGGCCGCACGCCAUCGAUCUCCCCUCCACCUUCUUAGACAUGGUCACCCUCACCCGCCUCCACCUCGGCCUCUGGAAGUUCCCCGACACGGCUGACCUCCCGCGCACCUCCCUUUUCCCCAACCUCCGUCAGCUCGGGCUCUGCACCGUCCUCAUGGAGACCAAAGAUUUGGACUUCAUCCUUGACAGAAGCCCCGUGCUCCAGACGCUCUGUGUAGAAGGGGAUUUCUUCCAGCUUCGCCUCCGCCUUGUCAGCCAAAGCCUCCGGUGCGUGCAGAUCAUUGGGUCAUUUCAAGAAAUCUUCGUCGUGGACGCCCCAUGCCUUGAGCGGCUCAUCAUCCAUUCGGAAGGUAACAAAGGUUGUACCCCUGAUGGCGCUUGUAGCAAGGUCAAGAUUGGCCGUGCCCCCAAGCUGCACUUGUUGGGUUACUUGGAGUUGGACCCAGGAAAUCACCUGCUGAAGGUCGGCAACACCAUCAUCAAGGCUGGGACAAAGGUGAGCCCAAGAACCAUGGUACCAAGUGUGAGAAUCCUGGCAUUCGAGGUGCGUUUUGGGGUCCGCAAUGAUGCCAAGAUGGUUCCCAGCAUCCUCAGAUGCUUUCCAAAUGUUGAGACGCUCCACAUCAAGUCUGGAGAAACGCAUCAAUCCACUGGCAAGCUCAACAUGAAAUUCUGGCAUGAGUCUGGUACCAUAGAAUGCAUCCGAUCACGCGUCAAGCGCCUUUUUUUCCAUGGUUUCCGAGGGGUCGAAGUGAGCUUGCCUUCCUCAAAUUUUUCUUUGAGAGCGCGUUGGUGCUGAAGGAGGUGGUGAUUCUGUUGGCUCCUGGUUUCACUUCGAUAGAGGAGGUGCAUUCCAGAAUUGCAAGUCUGGGGUCCACGAAACGGGCCAGUGAAGCCUCCUCAGUGCUGGUCACUGGCAGUUCUGAUCCUCAAGGAGAUUACAUUCAGAGCUUCAAGAGAGGAUCAGACUUUUCUAUUCGUGACCCUUUUGAAGUCAUAAUAGAUGCCAAUGCAUUUGAUCAUGCAUAGUAAAUUGCUCUGGAAGUUGUUAAUGAUCUGUUGCUCUGGUAUGUGCAUGCAA